UGCAGACCAAACCGCAAAAACGUUUCAUUGCUGUCAAAACAAUGUGACGUUGACGGACGUAUUCGUAAAUACAGCAAUUUAUUGUUUUUAAUAUUUUAUAUAUUUGUUACUUUAUAACAAAACAUAGAAGUCUAUCAUAAUGAAUAUAUGCCGAACCUGCCUCCAAACUCCAGCGGUCAGGAAUAUAUCCGAGCUAGAAAAAGGCAUAUGUGUGGACAACAAAAGCUACGUCGAAAUCAUGGUGUUUUGUUUAGAUAUCAAGGUUACACAAGACUCAAAAGUUACAACAAAGCUAUGUAAUAACUGCUUUAGAAAAAUCAUAUCAUUCUAUAAGUUUAAGGCACUUUCUUUGAAAAAUGAUAUCUAUUUAAAAUCUCUAAGCCCAGAACUAACGCUAGUGGACCAUAAAGUAUCCAUAUACGUGGAUGAAAACUAUAUCAAACAUGAGAAUUCCCUGGAUUCUGAUGAAUAUGGCUCGGGUUAUGAAAAUUGUCAGAUUGAAAUUAAACAUGAAUUGGAUGUUAAGGAUGAAGAUACACUAGGAGAUGUAGAGUCAGAUGAAGAGCUGCUUAGUGUCAUACAGAGAGCAAAAUAUGAAAAUAUCAAGGAUGAUACCAAAGAAAAUGCACCAAUAAAUAAAAAACAAGGCCGUCCGCGGAAAAUAAAGCCUUUAAAACUAGAAAUUGUGAAACAAGAACGGCAAGUGUGCGAGGAGUGCGGCAAGUCAGUCCGUAACCUGAAGACACACUCACUCCAGCACCUGCCCAUGAACGAGCGAAAGAAGCUACAGUGUAAAGUUUGUCCGAAGCUCUUUUCCACAUAUGGUGCACGGACCAGGCAUUACAAGAUUAAGCAUUUAGGCAUUAAGUCUGAGUGCAAUAUUUGUCAUAAGAAGGUAGUGUGCCUGUCAACGCACCGACUGCGCAUUCACAACCGCGAGGCGCUCCCGUUCGCCUGCGUGCAGUGCGAGCGCCGCUUCGUGUCCCAAGGGGUCCUGGACGUGCACAUGACCACGCACACGAAGGACCGCGCGUUCCAGUGCGACGUGUGCGAGAAGAAGUUUAGGUCGCAGCUGCACGUUAACAUACAUAAACGACAGGUCCAUGAUAAAGAAAAAACACAUCUAUGUCAAUUCUGCUCAAAGACUUUUUUCAAGAAGUACCAUUUACAAGUACAUUUAAGGUCACACACCAAAGAGCGCCCCUACGAGUGCAGCGAGUGCGGCAAGUUCUUCUCAUCCAGCAGCACACUGAAGGAGCACCGCCUCAUACAUGGAGAUGUUAAGAACUACCACUGCGAUCUGUGUGACAUGAGCUUUAUGAAGCCUGGCUACCUGAAAGUCCACAUGAUCAGCCACACGAAGGAGAAGCGCUACCCGUGCGGGUUCUGCGGCGCGCGCUUCGGCCGCUCCGACCACCGCCGCCGCCACGAGUUCACCGCGCAUCAGAAACACCUGCGGGCCGACUGACGACUCUACGUCCGGGGAGUAAGGUUCAAAAUAGAUGGGAUGGUAUAAGAUAGGUGCAGAGAUAAAUUUGUAUUGUUCUCGGUGUAUGGAAUAUUUUUGCCGCGCAAGGAAAAUAAACGCUAAGCGGCCGAAGGCGUUAUUCAAUACAGUAUUAACCUUUUUGAUGCCAGUCACGGAUAUAUCCGGACCGUAGGUCCAAUGCCGAAGACGGAUUAAUCCGUCACAGACCACAGAGCAAUAUACGUACUACAUAAGCAUAAGUUUCAGUUUUGACACUUCGGUGACGUCGCGUCCGAGGGACAGCUUUUGUGUUUGACACGGCGUCGAAAAGGUUAAACACUGAUUUAAACUCACACAAGGGGGUUUAGGUAUUUCGGAAUUGUAUACUUUUUCAGGUCAUGUUUUGUUUAAUUUUAUCUAUGGGAGAAUAGGGUUCACAUUAAAAUAAACUUCGCUAUUUAAGUUCGAUUUAUUUGUAAUGAUAAAGCCUUAUUUCUUAAAAGUUAAUGAUAUUAAUAUUAUAUUUAACUUUAUUUAAAAUUUGCAGCACUAUCCUACUUUUAAUAUACAUCAAGUUCGAUAACAUUUUAAUUAUAGUUUUAUAUGCUUUACUUACUUCGUUCAUCAAAGGCAAAUCAGCUCAAUUCUCUGAACUGUAGGUACAAAUUUCACUGGCAGUUUUUUCUAUAUGGUGGGCUAUAGAUGGUUAUGUAGUUUUAUGCGUACCUAAGCAAAGUAAGGUAGUAAUUGUUUAACAGACCUCUAGGCUUAUAUUUAUGUUACAGUAUUUUAAGCUAAUGUUAAAAGUAUUUUAUUCAAAAAUCUAUAUUUUGUUAUUCCAAUUGUGAACAUGUGAUCAAGUUAAGCAUUUUUAUUAAAUUGUCUAUCUAUAUUUGUUAAA